AUGGCUUACAAUCGUGAAUGGGAUAGAGGCAAGAACACCUGGGACGACGGAGGCGGCUGGUAUGACAAUAAUGGUCGCGGAAAUGUCAGGGGCAGAGAAGAGGACUACCAGGGUGAAGGAAAACGAAGAAAGUAUAACAAUGGGAGUUAUGAUGCAUCCCAAAACUGGGAUGAAGGCAGCUACGACACCAGCUCCUAUGAUACAAGCUAUCAGGAGCAGCAGGACCCUCGUCCGACGCGUGGUGGACACAACGGAGGUGGCGGCGGUACAAGCAGUAGUGGACGCGGCGGCGGUGGCGGCGGGGGGUUCUAUGGUCAUAAAAAGAACCUCGUGUCCAGCGAACCCAGCCCCCAUGUAAUCUUUCUUGGGCUAGAUCCUGACUUUACAGAGGCGGACCUACAGGCAUACCUCAACAAUCACGGCUUCUCCGUCGAGACGGUCACGAUAAUCCGAGAUAGAUCAACAGGUCAAUCGAAGGGUUUUGGAUUUGCGCAGUUCACGACAGUCGAGCAUUCACGUGCGUUCGUCGACCCGCUCUUUCCGUUCAUCCAGGUUCCUCCUCCCGCGUCGCAUGGUGCGACUGCUACAGCCGCGUUUUACAAAGCGCUGGAGAUGGGUACGCCGCACAACGGACGCAGGGUCAAGAUUGAUUACUCCCAGAGUGCGAACCCUGGGGACAGGAACCGCUUCGGACGGCCAGCGCACUCAAACGAUGGCACGCGGGAUAUUGGCAACUCACAGGUUCCGAUAUUGCUGUUCCGCGGGCUCGACCCGCUCUCUGGUCCCCAAGCGAUCAUGCAGGCUAUGAAGGGCUCCUCUGGUCCGUCUCAGGAAGGUGCUAAGGGCAUGAAACGCAUCAUCCUCAUCAAGGACAAGGUCACGAUGGCGAGUUGGGGUUUCGCUUUCGUUGAAUUUGUGGACGUCCAGGCCGCAUCCACGGUCCUUGCGGCGACUAUGUCUCCUCAAAUCCAUCCAAAUGGGUUCCGGAUAUCUGAUCGCCCUGUGGCAGCCUCUUUCGCGCACAUAUACUCGUUUCAGCCGCUGCCAGAUCCUAUGAUCCGUGACGAGGCCAGCAUUCCGUCGUCGCUAACACUGGGUGGGGUGGAAGGCAUAUGGGUUCGAUACUGGGAUGAGGCUUCCACUAUCGCUAUGCUGGAGUUUGAAGUGCAAGAGCCCGCUCGACAGCUACCAACGUUUGGGACAGGUAAGAAGGAAAAGAAGAGGAAAGCUGUCGACGAUAGCGUAGCAGAACGUCCCGCGCCUGUCGAGGCUUCGGUUCUGCCCGUGUCCAACAAGCCAGUUACGCUGAACUUUAAGGGUUCGGCUGCUAACAAAAGCGCUUCUACUAUCGCACCGAAAGCGGUGGCUCCUUUGGCCUUGGGAUUCUCGAUGACGGAUGAGUCAGGAACAAACGAUGAUGCUAAUGUGGAGAAGUCCUCUGCGAAUGAUGACGCCAAGGUUGCUGCGGCCAAGAAGGUGGCUCCGAUGAUUGCCAGCAAGAAGAUUGCCAAUAACAUCACAAAGUGGAAUCAAGUCCAAGAAGGUUUCAACGCCGACGCGCCCGCCGCCACCACUUCGACCACCGCGCCGUCUCCGUCCGAGUUUGAGUUUUCUGAUACUGCCAAGUUCGCGUGCAUGUUGUGUGCGCGCCAGUUCAAGUCGUUGGAGCAGCUGAAGCGGCAUAACAAAGAGUCUGACUUGCACAAGAAAAACUACAAAGACGCGAACUUGCGCGAGAUCGCGCGCGAGAAGGUCAACGCUGCGAAAGCAUUAGCGACUUCCAGUUCCAAUGCUUCCAGUUCCCCAGCGCAGCCGAAAUACCGCGAUCGCGCAUCCGAGCGGCGGGUUAUGCACAAUCAACCAGAUGUUCCGAUGCCCGAAGGUUCUGACGAGAAACGGAAAAUGCGUCGAUUCGCAGAGGGCCCGCCACCCCCGCCUUCCCCGCCUUUGCCCCCCCCUAACCCUGGCCAGGAUGAGACUAACGUGGGCAACAAGCUACUGAAGAUGAUGGGAUGGAAGGAGGGCACCGGGCUCGGUGCGGAUGGAGAGGGCAGGGUCGAUCCCAUCAAGACCGCACUAUAUGCUGCUGGUGCGGGCCUGGGCGCGAGCAAGGCAAAGGAGGUUGGCAAGUACCCUGAUGGAUACACGGGGUACGUGCACAUGGCGCAGGAUGCGGCCAGGGAGAGGUAUGGCAGCUGA